ACCAAGAGGUAUUGAAAAAUUGAGAGACAUUUGAGCAAACCCAGGAUGACAAAGUGCUGUGGAAUUUCUCCUUUUGUGCAUUUCUCUUGCCACUUUCCUAAGGUCCCAGUGAAAUGUUACAUCAUGUCAUGAGGAUGAAAUGCAUACAAACCAAAGACCGAUGUGUGUGGUGGAAUUUCCAAUGUCACGUCAUUUCAAUUAACUCUUACAAAAAAGAACUGCUCCCAUCCCAUUGCCUCACUCUCUCAGCAGAUGCACUUGUGAGGGCAGGGACUGGCAGCCUUGCCAAUAACCAUGACUGCAACCUCCUAAUACUGUUCAGAGCCACCCAACAAAUAUGAUGUCACAGGGAGUGCUGAGGGGAGGUAGACUUCAGGAGCACACUAGGGGGAGGCAGGGGGAUAAAAAAUGUCUAAUUUUCAGGACUGCUCAGCAAGGACAGCCUUGGCAACCCCUGUCUCUGCACACAGGUGGGUACCUGCACAGCCCAGAAACCUCCACACCACUCUGCUGGUGCUGUCAAGUUGUUCAAUAUUGUCUUGAGGGAGGCAGAUGAAUUGCUCAUACCCCUUGUUUGAGCAGGGCUAAAUGCUAGCAAAUUGAAACUGAAUACCAAAACUAAACAAGAAUGACAGAAUCUUUCACCUAAUAAAUACCAGUGAAAAAACGUUACUCAGUGUCCUCUAGGAAAAAAAAAAAAUUAGACUGGUAACACUAAAGCUCAAAAAAAAAAAAAUUAGAGUGGUAACACAAAAAAGUGUUCUUAUGCGUGGGAUCAAGGGAACAGCAGGUGGAAACAAAGUAAGACUCAAAAGGGAAUAAAAUUUUUCCCACAAAAUGCUGUCAGUCUGUGGAAGUGACUGCCAUGAGACAUUCUGGAUGAUGAAACUAUAUGAAGAUUCCAAGAGCUUUAGACAAGUUCGCGAAAGAAAAACCCAAACCAGUAAAGACUAUAAAACAUAAAGAUACUACCUCUGGUGAAGAAGUACGGGUGCAGGUGAUUGGAAGCCAGGAGAGUAAUACCCGAGGUGGUACUGUAUGGUUGCCUUUGUCUUACCUUUUCUGACAGGCUGCUGAGUUUGAAAGGCCUCUUGGUCCAAGCAAAUUCUUCUGUGAAAGGUCACAAAAGACAAAGGACCACUGAAAACUGGGCUAUCAGCAUGUGUUUUGGGCACUGGUGUCCCAGAAACAGUGGCUUAAUAACCACCAUGAGAUUGGAAGAGUUUAACAGAGCUGUGUGGACCACUUGCACCCUGUAAGCAAAGGAAAGGACUUGGAGAUGGAAACAGAGCAACUGAUCAUGGACUCCCAGAGCAAAGCCACACCUUAGAAGCAUGACAUACAUCUUCCCUGGAUGAAUUAACAUCCCCAAGUGAUAAUCUCUUUUAUUCUCUUGCUUUUAUUUGCCUUAUAGGAGCAUGGAAUGCAAUGCUCUUCAGAAGUGUGACUUUGCUCUUACAGACUGCUUUAGUACCAGAUCUAAAGAUUCAGUAGUGUUCAAUACGUAGGUCUCCUGAGGCUUUCAAAUACAUGAGAUAUGGGAAAUCCUUAGUUUUUAACCAAUUCAUUAAUGCUACUAGGCUUCUGAUAUUUGGUCAACACUGCUUCUCAUGCUUAACGAAGUCCAAGCUCAUACAAAUCUUACUUAUAGGAAAACACAUACGAGGAUUCCAGGCACCGCUGUCUCACAACUAUAGUGGCUGCUUGCUGGUUAUGGAGUUGUAAAAUAUAAGAAUCCUUUAAAAGAAGAUUAUUUCUCUGUAUAUGAGUGUAUUUUUAUUCCAAUAAAACAAAAAAAAUGUGGCUUCAACAUUCACUGCUCAAUAAGAAUAUAACUUUUUUUAUCCUGAAAGCUCUGAAAGACCUGCUUCUCUCAAACUGCCUCAUUCAUUGUUCAUAUCGAUGCUAUUCUGCUACUAGGACACAGAACUGAAGAACGAAUAUCUUCUUUCCAAUAGUGUAUUCUCGUUGUUGACCAACUGUUUUCUUCCUUAGGUUUACAAAACCAGAGGAAUGACUGCGAAUCUCAGCUGAGGAUGGAUGAGGACCCUGGGCAUUCCCUGCAGGGGCUGCUGUCAUUACCAAAAUUGAAGUGAACAAGGUCUUUGCUGGAGCAAAGCCAGGGCUUUUCUGAGCAGGUAUUACCUAGAUGUAAAAAGCUAAAAUCUGAAUGAUGGUGGUACAUUUGUGAUGUGAUGAUUAAACAAAUGACAAGCAUCUGCCGGCAAGCACUGGGCUGCAGAAUGUAUACAAUUUCUAUUUCCCACCAAAAGUUCAAACAUUUCAGAUGAGUAGUCUUUUGAAUAGUAGUAUUUUCAAGUGCUUAUUUUAAUUAAGAUUUUAGAAAUUAAGAAAGCACAGUUUAUUUCCCCACCAGAAAUCGACAAGUUUUAGUUUGCCUUUUUUAUUUUGAUUCUGUCUGAGAUAUUUUCCAAUUUGUUUCUGUAUUGGUUUUUUCCCUUGGCCCUUUUUUCCCUUGGUAUGUUCUGUAGUUACAUGUUGAAAUAUUUUUGUCAUUAUCUUCACUACUGAUCAACAAAUACUUUAAAUACUUGUUCAAAACAGUUUAAUUUUAAAAAGCUGAGCAGCACACUUCUCAAAAUCCAUUUAUUUUCAAAUUAUUCAGACAGAUCAGAAUUAAUUUUUGGGCUAGUUUUCAGAGACUCUUGCCAGCAUUUUCUUCCAUUUUAUUUAAACGUGUUUAUUCAUUAAGUUGAAAUAAGCUAACAGUAGUUCACACCAGUUCUUCAAAUUCUCACGCUCAUUUGAUUUUAAUAAUAAGGUAAAAAUGUCCAUGUAUUUCAGUCCGAAUAAACACACUGAAAACCUGAGCUUUCUGUGGCAUGCUGUCUUUUAAAAAUUUGCAGGAAUAAUCUGAGGGGCUGAGAAAAGAAGCUAUCCUCAAGUCUGAGGAACAGGCGUAAAGAUUUGGAAAAGGCAUUAGGAAGGCUGGCUGUCAUGAUUUGGAUGUCUCUUACAAGAGAUUUCACAAAGCUGUGAAGAUGUAUUUUCUGAACUUCAGUAUCCAGAUUCUGUUUCGUUUGUCAAAUCUCAAGUAUCAGAAUGGCACUUUGAGGUUUCUAAUUUUGAAAAUGGCAUUUUAUUUUUCAUGUCUACCGUGGGUUCCUAGUAUGGUGUCUCUAUUAAGACUUUUUGUUUUUUCAAAUAUAUAGGGUUACCUAAGUCAUAUUUCCAAGUAAUUCAGUCCUCCAUGCCAAUUUAAGUACUUUUCACUCAGAUAAUACACCCAUUCCUUUGUAAAUACUAUUUCUGAAUAGAACUAUUUUCAUCAUUACUCAAAUCCACUUGAUUUAGAAAUUACUAAAUCAAGCAGUGUGGGAAAAACUUGCCAAACUUACGUAAUCCUUUCUAGUACUGAAUUGUGUCUUGGUUUGCAAGUUUCCUUACAUACAAUGACAAACUUGUCAUAUUUUAUGUAGAAAAGGAAAAAAUUUUACCAAUGUUUCUUUCUAGUUCGGUAUUUAAUCCUUAUUCACAUUCUUUAUUAAGGCCUUAAUUAUUUGCCAUACUAUUGGCCACAAUCACAAUGUAUUAGUGAACUUCGUCAGGGUUUUUAGCUAUCUAAGGUCUUGCUGCUAAAAAAUUGCCAACUAUUCCAAUUUCAGGCCUCAUUCUCAUGACAAUUCCAAUGAGGAAGCACAAGGUACUAAAAUAUUAUGGGGCAGGACCUCACCUCUGAUAAGUUAAUGGAACUUUACCAGGUGUAUCUGAAGGAAAAGAGAUAUCAGAAAAGUGCUAACUAGGAAAGGGACUACUUCAAGAGGCCUGGGUAAGGGCAACCUGUAGUUCUUAGCAAGAAUAUUCAGUAUCAGUUGGCCAAACACUUUUUCACCACCUGUUUGCCAUGCCUGGUAGCUUCUUUCCUUGUGUUCUCAUCAGUUUAACUUUGGGGUUAGGCUGGCCAUCAACCUUAAGACUACCUGUGAUGCUUUGCUCUUUGCAACAAUUGUUUGGUCGCUCUCCGGAAGGUUAUCUGGGGGGGUAAAUCUACAGCUGGCAACCUGCAAAGAGUUGGACCUGCAAAAUAUAAAGCUGAGGACCACAAGCUCUGCUCUGAAAAUGGCAGAAAAGGAAAGAGGAAAGGGAAAGAGGUCCAGGCCCAUAGAUCUAUCCAUCAGGUAAAGCGCUCCCAAACUGUGGAUGUUUUCAGCUCUGCAACCUGCUGACCCUCUUUGUGAGCCCCCUUCUUCAGUGCACAGUUCCUUCAACAGGGCAGGCAGAUGGUCCUUCUAAUUUUGAUCAUUCUCAAGCUAUACCAAUGCUAGCAGCUGAACAAGCAUCGGCUCAGAGUGUGCAGCAGUCUUGCCUUGCUGUACAAAAUCAUUUUUUCAGCCCUUUAAAAACCAAGAUAGAGCUUGUAAUUCCAAGUUAGGCUUUUCUGGGAGUAAAAUGGAAGAGAGAGUAGAGAGGUGGCUUUCUUUAUUCAAAGUAGUGAUAGAAGUAGUUACUAUUACAGAAAAUAGAAUAUUUUUUAUUUAAGCUAAAGUAAUGUUUCAUCUAAGUAAUUGCAUUUUUUUCAGGUUAGAUAGGAUGCCCCCCGAUAGCAUAUGUUCUUUCAGACUGUUUGUCCAGACAUUGCUCAUUCUUUGGAGAUGAUAACAUCUUGUAUGAAGUAUGAUCCGUGCUGAGCAGAUGCGUCUGCUGGAACCCCCUCUGUUUGCAGCCUUUCCCCAUCUCAAAGGCAAGGUCAGGCAGAGCUGGAGCCACCUCCGAAUCAGCAAGAGAUUUGACUGUUGUGAAGCUCAUGACGACACUGAAAUGAGCCCUUGGAAAGGAAUAGAAUGUGCAUAAGAUUUCUGGAGAAAUUUAUACAUCUGUGCGUAAGUGGGAAAUACACCCUGUCCCCAGCUCUUGUCUCGCUGCACAGGAUCGAUGGAGAUUGCUGCCUCGUGUUGCCCAGCCCUAAUAAAGGAUGCUUGCUUUCUAAAACUCAAAAACGCAUCUUAGAAAGCUUAUUUGUGACAUUUUUAGUGUCAGUCACUCGCUGCACUCACCCUCUUGCAUGCAGCCAGUCACAGCCUUUCCCACUGCUUCCUCUGUUUUGCCAAGGGCAGAGGCCAGCCGGAACCAACCUCUCUGGUGGGUUGGCCCUUUCCUCCAGGUUGGUCUUCAGUUUCCAUUCUCCCACUGCCCCAGCGUUUGUUUUCCCUGGUGCAGAUCUGGGCUUGCUAUGACAGUGGCAGAGAAGCAGAGCCUGCAGUGCUACAGCAUUGAGAAGACCCUCAACCUGAUCUACAUCCUGAGCAACAUGAUGGGAUUUUCUUUGCUAGAGGUGAUGGAGAGAGUCUGAAAGGAGGAGGAGAAGCGGGUGACAGUGGCCACCGCUCUGUUCCUGGAUGCCAUCCUGCAGCUGGAGACCAAGGGCUGGCUCUGAGCGUUCCUGGACACCCUGGUUGCAGCAGAUUACACGUGACUGGUGGAAGCAAUUGAAAACUGGGACUUCAGCGAACUGGGAGAACUGGAGUUGCACAGACAGCUGUUGAAGUGGAUAGAAGCAACAAUGCUAGAAGUUGAUCUGAUAGCACUUGUGCCCUACAUAAACACAUGCCUCGUAGAAAGGGAGUGUGAUGAGAACCUACAGGUAUGCUUAAUGGUAAAAUCCCAGUAUUUACCUAGUGCUGCUGCACAGAAGUACUGUCUGCCUCACUUGCAGAAUGGAUUGAUGCCCAUCUAUAAGGCUGCUGAUUCUCUCCCAGAAGGGAUCCAUCAGUCUUCACCUGUUUAUGAACCCAAGAAGGCAUGGAGCUACCAGUCUGAACUUGCACAGCCUGCUAUCAAAGGGAAAAACACAUUGAUAUGUGCCCCCAUAGGAUCUGGAAAAACUUCCAUGGCACUUAAGAUUUGUGAACAUCAUUUCCAAAACAUGCCCACAGGAUAAAAGGCAAAAGUUGUCUUUCCUGCAACUAAACCACCAGCAUAUGAACAACAGAGAACUGUAUUUAAGCAACAUUUUGAAAGACGUGGCUAUUCUGUUCAAAGAGUUAGUGGUGAUACAGUUGCAAAUGUCUCUGUAGAGAAAGUUAUACGGGACAGUGACAUCAUUGUGCUGACGCCCCAGAUACUUGUGAAUAGCAUAAGGCAGAUCCUUCCAUCCUUCCCCAUCUUCUCUCUGAUAGCAUUUGAUGAAUGCCACCAUACUGCAGGCAACCACCUUUACAGUGCGUUAAUGGCCAGAUACCUGGAACAAAAAUUUGACUCCUCGGCAAACCAGCUGCCUCACCUUUCCAGUUUGUUAGUCAAGAUGAACAAAUGUUUGUUUCCUCCUUCUUUACUAGAUACUGUCUCUCAAAUCAAUAAGAAUGAUUUUGGAACACAGAAAUAUGAAGAAUGGAUAGUUGCCACUCACAAGAAAUGCAGACUGUUUCAAAUAGCAGAUAAGGAGAAGGAAAGCAGCAUUAUUUCUACAGACCUUUUCAUCUGCACUGAACACCUGUGGAAAUUCAAUGAUGCUCUCAUUCGCUUACUUAAGUGAUUUUUCACAAAUGUAAAAAAUGGACCGUAUACAGACUUAGAGAAGCAACUGACAGCCAAGUUUCAAGAGAAAGAACCAGAACUUACUGCCCUUUUUAAAGAUGAAUCCAAUGAGAAUUCCAAGCCAGAAGAGCUUGCUGGUAUCCUGGAUGAAGCAUACCAAUAUAACCCACAGAUUUGCAUCCUUCUCUUUGCCAAGACCAGAGCUUUAGUAGCUGCUUUGAAGAAGUGGUUAGAAGCAAACUCUCUACGUAGCCAUAUAAAGCCAGCUCUGUUGAUGGGUCAUGGAAGAAGAGAUGAAAAAACAAGUAUGACCCUCCCGAUGCAGAAGAGUGUACUGAGUGAGUUCAAAACCAACAAAGACAGCUGACUGCUGAUUGCUACAUCUGUUGCCGAUGAAGGCAUUGAUGUUUCUGAGUGCAACCUUGUCAUCCUCUAUGAAUAACCUGUUAACGUCACCAAAAUGAUUCAAGUCAUGGAAGGGCAAAAGUGCAUCCUUGUGACAAGGAGAACAGAAUUGGUCGAGGCUGAGAAACACAACCAUCAUAAGGAAAAAAUGAUGAAUGAAGCUCCCGAAAAGAUAGAGAAUUGGGAUGAAACAACAUCUGCAAGAAAGGUCUGUACUGCUGUGGAAUUUUCAUACUCAAAUCUACAAGUAUAAUCUCUAUCGCCUGCUAGGGCUCUAUACAAGACCAAGUGAUAACCUGAGGAGUGUUCAUUGUGUUUCAUUUCAGACCUAGGCAAGAUCCGCAGAGAAGCGAUAGUGUGUAAUGCUAACUUGCAGAAUGUCAUCUGUACUGUAACUAAAACUGUAACUUCUAAAAAAAUUAGAAGUUGUAGGAUUUAUAUAAACUUCUCAGCUCAGAAAUAGAAUAUAAACUAUUCUGUCCACUUAAAGAAAAAUAUUGCUGUGUCUGUUUGGCAUAGCGGACAGGGAGAAGGGAAACAAUGCAGAUGGUGACUGUGCAUCCAUAUUCAUGUUCAGAAGCACUUAAUUUUUGCUGCAGGCCAGUACAAGUGCUUUUAUAAGCUGUUUGCUGUCACGUCAAUAGCUUGUUCAUUUCAGAGCAGUGGUUUCUGAGAGAUUUGAAGGAACCAUUGCCCUUCCAACCUCAACCAUUCUGUGAUUCUGUAAUAUGCAAGGAAGGAGAGGCAGUGGAGUAGCCCUGUGUGUUAGGAAGUGUUUUGACUAUGUAGAGUUUGAUAGUGGGAUGAAAGGGUUGCAUGUUUAGCGGUGAGAAUCAGGGGGAAGGCAAAGAAAGGCAGACAGACAUCAUGGUGGGAGUCUGUUACCGACCACACAAUCAGGGUAAUGAGACAAAUUAAACAUUUUAUAAGCAACUGGAAGAAGCUUCACAAUCAUAGAAUCAUAGAAUGGUUUGAGUUGGAAGGGACCUUAAAGACCACCUGAUUCUAAUCUACUGCCAUAGUCAGGGACACCUCCCACCAGAUCAGGCCACCCAAGGCCCCAUUCAACCCAGCCUUGAACACCCCAGGAAUGCGGCAUCCACAAUUCCCCUGGACAACCUGUGCCAGUGCCUCACCACCCUCACUGUGAAGAAUUAUGUCUAGUCCUUACGUCUAGUCUAAAUCUGCUCCUCUUCAGUCUAUACCCAUUCCUCCUCAUCCUAUCACUACAAGGCUUUGUAAACAGUCACUUCCCAGCUUUCCUACUACCAGAAAGAAAAUUAGCAGAGAGAACUACCAGAAAGAAAAUUAGCAGAGCCAAAGCCCAACCAGAACUUCACCUGGCUAAUGUAGUAAAAGACAAUUAAAAAUGUUUCCCACCUGCUGGUGGGAAGUAGAGGAUAAGUCUUUUGUUUUCCUUUGGUUCCAUGUGCAGCCUCUGCUUCUGCUUUAUUAAACUGCCUUUAUCUUGACUCGUGAGUUCUUUUCCAUCUUAUUUUCUCCUCCUGCUGUCCUGAUGAGGAGGAAGUGAUAAGAGUGGCUUGGUAGGUACCUGGCAUGCAGCCAAGGUCAACCCACCACAAACGCAUAAAGAUGAUUUAUGGUUAGAUAAUGCUUCCCCUCCUAAAAUACAAAGAACAAACGUAUAGAAAAAGUCUGGUUUAGCACUUUCAAAUUAAAAGUACCUAGAAAAUCGCAGUCCUUCAGUAUCAAUAUGCUGUGUGAGAGGGCCAGCUCCUUUGGGACUCUUGGCAUGAAAAAUAAUCAAUCUCAAGUUUCACAGCUUAUAGUAAUAACUACUGGGAAGUUAAGGGAAUUGAAGAUUUUUAGUCUUUUCGUACUGUAGGACUGCAGACUAAAACAACUCUGGAGUUCAACCUAAAUGAGCGUAUUAAGGGUUGAUGAAGUAACAUAUAAAUAAUUCAACUUCCUAAAACAAUCCAAUACAAAUUUAGUACACAGUGAAGGUGAGAGGGUGGGGGAGAAUGCCAGCUUUCUACUUGGCCUUGGAGAAUAACUGAAUUUUUUUUUUUGCAAUUGAACCUGAAGUUGCAUAUUUAUUACUAAAUAAUGCUCAAGAUUAUGGCCAUAUUAACAGCUCUCUGCUAAGAUGUUUCACAGAAUCACAGAAUGGGUGAGAAUUGGAAGAAACCUCUAGAGGCCAUCUUGUCACCUACAGCAGGUUGCCCAGGACUAUGUCCAGACAGCAUCUGAAAAUCUCCAAGGCUGGAGACACUACAACCUCUGGUUGUGGUCAAUCUCUUCCAGUCUGUGUUUGGUCAUCCUCACAGCAAAAAAAAGUGUUUCCAAUUUCCAGAUGUUCAGAGGGAACCUCCUGUGUUUCAUAAGUGCCCACAACUUUUUGCCCUGUCAUUAGGCACCACUGAAAAAAGCCUGGCUGCAUCUUCUUUGUGCCCUCCAUUCAGAUACUUGUACACAAAGAGCAGAGAUGUCACCGAGCCUUCUCUUCGCCAGGCUAAACAGUCCUGGCUCUCUCAGCUUGUCAUCAUAUGAGAAAUUCUCCAGACCCUGCAACAUCUCAUUAAGCCUCUGCUAGAUUCACUAGAGGAGCCCUGUUUGUAGUGAUCAAGCAAGAACAGGCUGUUGCAGGUACAGUGUAAUCUCUAUCUACUCAAGCCUCUUAACUUCUUUCAGAACUAUUUUCAUCAGGGUUUUUUUUCCAGCUACAGCUGGAGCCCACUGCACUAAAAAUACAUCAGAACAUUAUUUUGCAAGAAUUUCUCCACUGUGUUGACUGUUGUGGCAAUUGCUCUAAAUACUGUCAAGAAUAAGAAUUAGUACUUUGACCUGGUUUAUGUCUGAGUAACAGGAUAUUUGUUGUAACUGUAAACAGAGUCGUGGUAUUGUGGACUGUGCAGUCACUGACUCCAGUGAAUGCAUUGGUGUUAUCACUGAUUGCUAACUGCUAUAAAAAUUGCUGGCAAGGAUCUUGAAAUUGUGGUAGAUAGUCUUCUUGAAGACACAGAACAGAGGGAAAUUCCUCACAGCAGCAUUCUGUUGGGUUACCGAAGACUGACAGUAAUUAUAUUCAUCCCACCUCAUACAGAUUAUUCAAAGAAA